CUUAGAAAUGAAAAUUACAAUUUGUAUGUCAAUACAUGGCUUUCAAAAACGGUGUCGUAUUCUGUAUCCGCCAUAUCUCCCAUCUUCGCUGGACGUUACUCUAACGUGAACUUCAGAACUAGAUCCAGAGAGAAGAAGACGAAGAAGAUCCAAUUCUUCUUGAAUUAGAAAUCUGAGAUAACAAUACUAAUAACAGCAAUAGAGAUUAACGUAACGAUGGGAUGGGGAAGAACGAUGUACGAAGGGGUGGUGGUGGUUGGAUCGCUGUGCCUGCUCGGCUGGGCGGGGCUGUGGUUCCUGAACCGCCGUCUCUACAAAGAGUACGAAGAAAAGCGCGCACUCGUUCAGAUCAUCUUCUCCGUCGUGUUCGCUUUCUCCUGCAAUCUCCUCCAACUCGUUCUCUUCGAGAUCAUUCCCAUUCUGUCCAAACAGGCACGUGUCCUCAACUGGAAGCUCGAUCUAUUGUGCUUGAUUCUCCUUCUCGUGUUCAUGCUCCCUUAUUACCACUGUUACCUCAUGCUGAAGAACAACGCAGUUAGGAACGAGAGGGCCGCACUCGGAGCCCUUAUCUUCCUCUUCGCUUUCCUCUAUGCCUUCUGGCGAAUGGGGAUUCACUUCCCUAUGCCUUCACCUGACAAAGGCUUCUUCACUAUGCCACAGCUUGUGAGUCGAAUUGGGGUCAUUGGUGUCACCGUCAUGGCUGUUCUCUCCGGUUUCGGUGCCGUUAACUUGCCCUUCAGUUAUUUGUCCCUUUUCAUCAGAGAGAUUGAGGAGUCUGAGAUCAAGUCCUUGGAAAGACAACUAAUGCAGUCCAUUGAGACUUGCAUAGCAAAGAAGAAGAAGAUUAUUCUUUCCCAAAUUGAGAUUGACCAAACUCAAGGAGCUGAUGAGAAGUUAAGCGCCAGAUCUUUAUUCAAACGUAUUGUUGGAACUGUUGUUCGAUCUGUGCAAGAGGACCAAAAGGUGCAAGAUAUCAAAGACACGGAAGCAGAGGUAAAUGCUUUGGAGGAGCUUUCAAAGCAAAUGUUCUUGGAGAUCUAUGAGCUUCGACAAGCAAAGGAAGCAGCUGCUUAUUCUCGAACUUGGAGAGGGCACAUGCAGAACCUGCUUGGCUAUGCUUGUUCUGCAUAUUGUGUGUAUAAAAUGAUCAAGUCAUUGCAAAGUGUUGUGUUCAAACAGGCUGGUUCAGUUGAUCCUGUGACAAUGAUAAUCAAAAUAUCCUUACAGUUCUUUGAUAUUGGAAUAGAUGCGGCCUUAUUAUCACAGUACAUUUCAUUGCUAUUCAUCGGAAUGUUGGUUGUGAUAUCGGUCCGUGGAUUCUUGACAAAUCUAAUGAAGUUCUUUUUCGCUGUUUCAAGAGUUGGAAGUGGAUCUUCAAGCAAUGUCGUUCUCUUUCUAUCAGAAAUAAUGGGAAUGUAUUUUUUAUCUUCUAUUCUUUUGAUUAGGAAAAGCUUAGCAACUGAAUACAGGAUUAUUAUAACAGAGGUGUUGGGUGGAGAUAUUCAGUUUGACUUUUAUCACCGGUGGUUUGACGCAAUUUUUGUGGCUAGUGCAUUCCUUUCACUGCUUUUACUAUCAGCACAUUAUACAUCUCGUCAAACUGACAAACACCCUAUUGAUUGAAACAUACUACCUAGAUGCAUGUAUAGUUUCCAAGUCCGUGAAAAAAGAUGUUACACUAUGUUGAAAUGAAAUGGCACUCUCUUCUGACUUCCGGUAGGACGAUACGAUACGUUAAAGGUUGUUCAUCAGCUUAUGGUGGCGCCUGAGGAAUGCAGCAUCCAUUAUUUGCUGUCAUGGGUAGUAAAGAGUGUUUAGGCCCCAUGGAAAUUGAUCACUUAAUGCUCAUAUAGGAAAAGAGCAUUGCAUAUGGAGUAUGGAGGCUGCUUCAGUGAGUCAAUACUGGAUAGUUUGCCAGCACUGUGCGAGACAAGGAUAAUGAUUGAUCACCUGUUGCUUUAUUCUAUGGUGGGAACUGAACUAAUCCCUUGAUUUUUUUUUUCGUAUGGUUUGAUCUACUGGAAGAUGCGGUGUGUAAUCAAGUCAACGAGUAGUUUGACUUCUAGAUCAAGCCUUAUACGCGAGUGAUAUUGAUUGUACUCAUCAACAAACUCAACUACUACAAUGUUAUUUCAAGUGUUGUAUUUCUUGUGUU